ACAACGUUACCUAGCGUUGACCGGAAGCUUCGGGCCGUCGAAACUAUUCAUCGAUAUAUGCAACUAGAUUGCGCAGGUCGCCAUAGAGAGACGAAGCUUGUAACCGGUCACCCUGCCUGCCUAUACGGAGUACCUACACGCCCAUGAACUCACUCAUUAGCCUUCCGCUCCUCAAAUACUCAUAUGCCACAAAUGUGCGCACCGACAGCAUCUUGUGGAACCAUGUCUUCCAAAACUUGGUUGUCACAUUCGAUAACUUUCGCGCCGGCAACAACGCAGCCCUGGUGAUGAAGGUGGUGCAAGGAUCCGAGCUUCUGGAACAUGUUAGCAUACAUGACCUGAUUAAUAGCUCGAAAGAAUUCAUCGCCACCGCAAAGAGGUCUGGCAUAGAAGUACGCGCUGAGCAGCUUCCCAUCUCUUUGUUGGUGCGCUGUCCUCUGUUGGCAAUCAGAUACAACAGACCAGACGGACAGAUAAGAAGAUUGCAACUGAAGUUUUGCUCUGACACAGACUUUCAAACGGCGCACACUUUGUUCUCUGAUCUUGGUUGCUAUAUUACAGACAAGCCUUCGCAGGGGCCGACAGUGGCUGGCAGCAACUCACGCCCGAAUUCAUCGUAUUAUGUCACCCCUCAACCUUCAUCUUCGCCUCCAAGAGUUCACACUUCGCAUCCACUAGUAUCGGAGAGCCGACUUAGCACCGAACAGUUCCUUGCGCAACCUUUCUUUAGGCCAACUAGUCUCCCUCAACAGGGCAUUUUUACUGAUGCUUUUGAAUCAAACCAUUUCCACCAAGAGCGCUCCAUGGAUAGACAGACUGACGGUUUAACUCGGUUCCCAGCAACAGGUCCUCUGUUCUUUAAUACUUCUAGUCACCCACAAAGACCAAGCACGGAGUCUUUAACGAUGCAGGCGCAACCGGUGAGUCGCCAGCUGGAUACGAUUAGUGAAAUUGAGAAUACUCGACCUUCAACUGCUCCAGUGAAUCGAGAGUAUGAUCUGCUCUCAAUGAUUCCUCCUAGAAGAGAGCUCCCGUUCUUGAGACCAGCUUCUGCACCAAAGUCAAGUGUUACCCAGAAGCAUACUCAAGGAGCGAACAGGCCGAGCAGCUCAACUACAGAGCUACAGAAGAGUCGGUCCAAUAGCCUUAGACGCGCAGCUCUUCAGAACACAGGUUCCACCGCAAAUUUGGCUCCGCUACCGCCCCCAAAUUUUGCUACAGAAAGUUCGGCGUCGUCUGGCAAGCAGCUGAAUGCUUUGAAAAACGGCCGUCGCCAGAAGACCGGAAAGCCCGUGCCUUCAUUGCACACAUCUAAUUCUUCAUCCAGUCCAUAUUUUUCGAUGCCUGACAUUCAGUCAAAUUCCGAGACACCAGGAAGCACUUCACCUGGCCACAUUUCAACCGAUCAUGCUGAUAGAUCGACGCUUUCGAGUGCUGGCAAAGAUGUUGUCGAUCGCGUAAGCUCGAUGAUCAUGGGUGGACGAAAUAGCCGUGAGCAUGGCGAUAUCAGAACGUAUGCGACGCUGCCGGAUGAUAACAGAAUCAACAUCCUCGACGAGUUCUUUGCCGAAUGUAUCGCUGACGAUGACUUCCUCACUCUCUGCGAAGACGUCAACUCAUGCUGGCGCCGCAUCGGGCUAGGUCUCCCAUGAUAUGCAGACUGCGUUCCUGGACGCACAAGGGCCAGGAUCUCCUGAAAAGCGACGAAAAACGUUGCCAAGGCUGUGGUGAUUCAGAAACGUGGAAUGAUGCAAGUGAGAUCAACGCUCGGCCCCAAAGUUACACAAGAUUGCUCUGUGCUUCUUAUCGAGAUCUCGACGUUUGUUAAAAGGAAGGUGGAAAUGUAGCGACUCAAUUGCUUAGGUUGUUUGUUUCUUUAAAAGUUAGUCUAGGCUUAGCUAUUAGUAGACUUCCGUAGCGAAUAUUGCUGAACGAUAGAACAAAAAAGCUUCGAGGUCGUCCAAACGCGUCGAGAGGCAAGGAACCGGGGUGGU